AUGUCAGCCAUUCCGGCUUUAUCACGACUAAGUCAUAGAGUUGAAAGCAGUGGACCGAACACAAUUAGUCUCGUGACCGGUAUUGUCUUUGUGGGUUGCCCGCAUGGUGUUGAUCCGAGUCAUCGUGAGACACUCAAGAACAAUUGCUCCUACCUGCUUCGACAAUGUCUCCAAGGCAGGUCGAUCCGGAAGUUCCUAGAGAUGAGGAAUUGGGAAGAGAACAUCUUGCACGUCAACAAUAUGUUCACUAGCUGCCAGUUCAGCUUCCCUAUCCUUAGUAUCUACGAAGGUCGGCCUACCAUCAAGAGAUCCUUCAUUCACAACAAACAACAGACUAUCGUCAACUCACAGCUGGCCAGAACGGACGCUACUAUUGAGAAGCUAGUCGGCAUAGAUGCAGAUCAUUUUCAGGCUUGUUAUCUUCUUGAGUGCGGAACUCCGAAUUGGGAAGUCCGGGCAUGGCUCCGUCAAAGGAUCAAGGCAGUCGUUCGGGCUAACGAAACUACUACGGGAUCACAGCUUUCAUCCAAUGUUCUAAUCCAAAGUCCACGGAAUAGUAUUGGAGCGGGGCAGAAACCCUCUGUAUAUGCCCUGCAGCAAGCCUUUGGCGCAACAUCCUUAGAUGACGACGCUACGACCCAGGUAUCACUGCCGACACCGGAUCCGCCGAGCAUGGAGUCAAUUUUCCGUGGGUUUUCUAGGUCGACCGUGGAACUCGCGCUUCCUUGUCAUAUGAUGGAGCAAUUAUCCCUGAAUAGAGACUUCCUCGGCCGCGUAGACAUCAUGGACAAGAUUGAUGCCGCGUUAUUACCAGCCAGCACAAGGAGCAACUCACCGGCAACACAAAGCCAAACACCAACCAUAGCAGCGGUUUUCGGUGUAGCCGGCCUUGGGAAGACUCAGCUUGCAUCGCAAUAUGUAUCCACCCGCAAGCAGAAUUUCGAUGCCAUCUUCUGGAUAUGUGCUGAAAGUGCCGAGAAGCUGGAACUUGGCUUUUGUAAGAUAGCCACUCGAAUUCGCCUUGUCCCGGAGAACGAGCCCAGCAACCCGACAUCAGCCAAAGAACUUAUCCACUCAUGGCUCGCUAAACCAACUUGGACAAUUGGCGGUAAAGAUGAUCACGUCUUGUCCCCCAAAUGGCUCUUGGUAUUCGACAACGCAGAAGACCCUCAAAUUCUGGACGAUUAUAUUGAUGUAGACGGGCCGGGGUCGAUCCUCGUAACGUCGAGAAACCCUCUAGCUUGUGAUCUUCCUGGUAAUGUUGUCCCAAUACCGCUGCCUCCUUUCUCGGAGGAGGAAUCCCUGGAGUUCUUGAAAAAGACUUCCAAAGGCUUGAUCAGGUCCCCCAAAGAUCACAAUACCGGACGCCAGCUACAUCAUCAACUUGAUGGGCUUCCUCUCGCUCUAGCUCAAAUGGCGGGCAUCGCGAAGCAACAGUUUCUUUCAUUCUCUGUCCUUAAGCAGCGAUUGGACGAUCAUACUGAUCGUGGAAAUCUUUUCGAGGUCCAAAUCAACAAGAACUCUCGCGGCAAUCUUUCGUCCUUGUUCACGAUGGAUGGCUUAGGUGCUGAGCCACAACUCCUUGCUGCCAUCAUUUCUUGCUUCCACCCUGAUCACAUUGAAGGGUCCAUCUUCGAUCACCUGUCCUCAGAUGAUAUUUUUGGGGGGCACUCACCAAUGAAACGCAACGACUACUUCAGGGCAAGAGCGACGCUCCUUUAUGCUUCAAUCAUCCGAGAGAACAACGAUUGCACCGCGACACACCUAUCGAUGCAUCGAGUACCUCAACAGGUUAUCAGAGCCAAUUUAUCCAAGAAUCCAGAACAAUUAUCCAAGGUUUUCUCCAUCGCGGUAAAACUUAUCCGCAGCACAUGGCCGAUGUUACCAUUUGAGCAAAGGCAUGCGAGGAGACAGGGGCCUGUGUCACGGGAAUUGCUCAGUGAUCAUGUCAAUUCUUUGCAUUACAUGUACGAAACAGAGAAGUCUCUUCUCAUGCCUCGAGUUGAAUCUUUUGAAGACACCGAGUUUGACCUCGGCACAAUUCUGCAAGAAACAGCCUGGUGGCUAUACGAGCGCGGCAACUUCCUCAAAGCGCGUGAAACAGCUGCAAAGAUACUUCUGUUGUGCGACAAGUACGAGGGUGUGGAGAGAUGGCUCGAUCUAUCUGCUCUUGUGUACGACGUCAUGGGAUGCGUUGCGAAUGGGACUAAUCGCCCUGAAGAAUCGGAGAAGUUUAACUCUAAGCAGCUGAUAAUCCGAAAGGAGAUCUCCGGCAAAACGGGUAAGGAAAACUUCCAACUAGGAUACGCAUUCAAUCAGAUGGGAUGUUCCUUGAUGAUGUUCAAGAAGUUUGAAGAAGGUGGUCAAAUGUUCCGGCAAGCAUUGGACAUCUGGCAUAGGGUGCCAGGGUAUCGGAAAGGUCUAGCUUUGAUGGAAUACGCCAACUUUGGUAUGAGUCUAUGGCUUCAAGGGAGAAUAGGCGAAGCUGCUGAGGUCCUUGAGGAAGGACAAAGAGAAAGCGAAGAAGGCCUUGGGAGAUUGAGCAUGGCCUCAUUCAGGCCAGGCAGAGUACUACACGCACUUGGAAACGUUCGACUCAGCCAAGGCCGCAUGGAAGAAAGCGAGCAAUUCCACAAGGAUGCCCUCAAGACGUAUCAGGGAGCUGUCGGCAGCAAGUAUCAUCGAACGGCCGACAUGUGCUACAAGCUAGCACAACACUCUGUUCGGCGGGGUGAUAGGGUUUCACUUAAUAUUGCCAUGACAUUAGUUGAUCAAGCUCUUGUUACCUAUGAUGCCAACGAAGGCGUACAUGUGCCCGAGAUCGCGCGGGCCACCUUCAUGAAAGCAAAGAUUCUCUACAAGAUGAAUCUUCUUGAUUAUCAAAAUGAGGACACAUCGCAUGAGGAAGACAUAGAGUUACUAGAGAAGGCUCACCUGAUGUAUAGGCAGCUUGUUCCGUCAACGCGGAUACUGCCAGGGGCAUUACGAGAGUCCCAUUUUGAGGAUUUGUUUGCUAGAAUAGAUGGAGUCUUUCUCUACCAGAACAGCGCAAACAUUGCCAAACUCCAGGUUUCCUUCGCCAAGAGACUCAAGUUGAAGCUGUCAAAUCAUUAG